AUGUUGCUCCUAACAACAUUUAUCCUCAUUUCAAGUCUUAUAGCAGGUGAGAAAACAAUAAAAAACGAAAAAUUUAGAAAGAAGAGUGGAUUUUUUUUAAACUAAAAUAAAAAUUGAAUACAGUUUGGAAAGGAGAGUGAGAUCGUGAACUUUGACCCAGAAAUUAAUUUCAAACAAGCGUGGAAAUUGCAAACCCAGAAACCCCCACCCCCAUUUUUCCAGACAACAUUUCUAGUGAGCAUUUUCAGGCACAACAUCUCAGACUUGCUCAAAUGGUGGAAGCCUUGAUUCUUGCACUUGUCAAUCAUUUUUCACUGGACCCGACUGUUCAACAAUUCAAUGUAUAAAUGGCGGAUAUAAUGAUCCUGCUAACUCCAACUCGAGUUGUAUUUGUCCGCCAGGAUAUCGUGGAAUACAUUGUGAAACUGGUAACAUUCCUAAAUAUUUCCCCAAUUUUAAUCUCUAAUUCUUAGUAAAAUCAUCUCUUGCUCCAUCUGGAACUUUCUCCUCAUCAUCAAGUCUCAAUAUUAUCAAUAUCAAUUUAUUCUCGUUUUUCUGGGGAACCAAGACCUACACAAACAUAAAAAAUGCGGUUGAGGAUUUUGCGAACAACAAUGAUUUCGAUAGCAUCAACUUGAUAGAAACAUCUGGAGCUCCAGUUUUGAACGAGUUGAACGAGCCGGAUUUUACACAGAGUAAAUUUGAAAAGAAAUGUCGUUUGAAAAUAUUCAAUUUUCAGUUCAAUACAAUCCGAAGUACAACAUCGUUAAAGGAGCUUUCGAAUUGUCCGAUCCUCAAGAUUCCGGUCUUUAUUGGUCAUAUCCAGUGGAAUUGUAUCAAAGCAUCAUAGAUCUUAUCAAAGGUAUUACAGAUGUUUGUUAGAUUGGAAUUCAGAAGUUCCGAAUUUCAAGAGACUAGAGACUAGAAAGUUAAAGAGGAAUGACUUACAGAAAAUUCCAAACUAUCCUUUGUGGACCAAAGUAAAAAAAAUUCAGAAUCAUCUUUGAACAACACCGCGAUCACAAUCAUCACUCAACAUAUACCAUCAGACAAUCUUCAAGAUCUAGCCCAACAAAUGACACUGUCAUUCGGAAUUCGUUUGAAUGUUAUCUGGAUAACCGAUCCUGUCUACAGCAGCCUAACCGAUGAUCAGGUAUUGUCAAUUCAUGAUUUUUUCGAUUACAGGACUCAACAAAUAUUUUCACAGAUUGCUAACUUCAAAGCGUUCGCUGAAAGCACUGGUGGUUUUUUCGUUCAAAUACAAUCUGAUGAGAACGACGUGAACACUAAAAAUGUAAUUUUAUUCUAUUCUGAAUUUAUCUGAUCACUGUUUUUUCUAGCUUGUCUCUACUUUUCUGCAAUUACAUUCAAGCCCACAAGUUUUGCAAAUCCAAGACAUCGGAACUUGUAAAAGAGCAGUGACAAUCAACUUCAAUAAUGAUUUGAAUAAUGAUCAACCGCUGUAUUUUAUUUUGCGAGGACGUGAGUUGCAUCAUUAUAUGCUUCCAUAAAAAUAGGAGUUUUCAGAGAAUGUGAAAACUGAUGCCGCCUCACUUCGAGCAUGCGGAACAUUUUUAAAUUAUGCCACUUCAUAUGAUUCACAAUUAUCAGUGUUUCAAGUUUUGAAUCCACAAUGUUCAUCAAUCAAUAUAACAGCAAAAUAUGCUUGUUCUGCUGUUGUAUUCACCGUUUUACCAAAAACCAGUGCAUCGGCUGUCAAAUUAUAUGCAAACUUUAUCGAAGAUUCAUCAAUUGAUGCAUCUCGAUAUGCAAUCAUCGAAAAUGUUCCAUUCUACGCAGCAGUUCACAUUGAAUCGAUUUCCGGUGUUGAUGUAAACACAUCCCAAGUUUUUCCACAACAUGCUUGAUAUAUUUACAGACUCAAGUAAAUGCCAUCAACUUUGCACAAAACUCUGAUUUCGUCCCAUUAGGUGUGAAUACAAAACGAAUUUCGGCUUUCGAAUGGGUUUCAACUGCAACAGUUCAAUGCUCAUCAACAGUUUCACAAUACCUUCGAUUGAAUAUUACUGUGAAUUCGACAUCUUCAAUUAUCCGAACAAUUCCAAUCAACUGUUUAGCAAGUAAGAAAAGAGGUUUGGUUUGUACUAAAAAUAUCUAUUUUUAAAAACAGAACCUAUUGCAACAACAACGACCUCGGUGGCGCCAACAACAAUUAUUACCACAACAUCAGUUCCAACAACUGUUUUAUCAACAACAGUUGUAUCCACAUCAGUACCGUCUAGUACACUUCUUCCAACUACAGUUGAGCAAUCCUCUACAUCAACAGUGCCACCAACUACAAUAGGUGAGAAAAAACAUAUCUAAAUGACACGGUUGUACCAAGUACAAACUGGAAGUAAGGUUGUAGAACAAAAAUCCCUAUUCCCACAAAACAAUUCCUCACUACAGCUCCAUGUUCACCAACUCAAACAACACUUCCAUCAUUGUUUUUCGCCUAUUCUACAGAACUCAGUAGUGUUAUUUAUGACGUCAGUAGGAGUUAUAUUCUAUCACAAGUACCCUCAACCUCAGCAAAUGGACAGUCAUUGACAUCUGCUCGAUUAGAAUGUACAGAUUCCAUGAUUCGGAAAGAAACAAACAAAACGUUGGUUUUCCCUGCUGGUAUUCAGAAAAUUGAACAAAAAACAAAACAUUACAGUGAUUUCUCUGUCGAUCUCAACAAAUAUCGCGUUGAUUCAACAUUGGCGAAUGGCGGUCCAGAUGCUUCGAAUGUUAUUUCAAUUGUGAAAAACUAUCUUGAUCAACAGAACAAUGAGAAUACAAUCAUAAUUCUUCUACUUUCAAGACUUCCGAAAUCGUCUGAUAUUUUCACAACAGAUGAUUACGCUGAUAUGGUCAACAAAAAUAUAAAGGUAUGAUGAAAAAGUUGUCCGCCGAUUAACUUUUUCAAAAUCCCGAGCACAAAUCAAUAAAUAUUUCAGAUAUUCUCCAUCUUGAGUAUAAGUGACUUGAGUGAUCAAAGUCAAUUGGGUAGAACUGGAAGUGAGUUGAACAAAAUUGCAUCGCUCACAAAUGGACACUACGUCAUUGCAAAUGGCACAACUGCUGUCGAAUUCAACGAUUAUUCAACGGUAAUUCUUUUUCAGUUCUCCAAAAAAAAGAAACUAACAUUAAUUUUUCUUUUUUUCUUAUUCAGAUUGUCAACCUAUUCGCAAAUUUCGGUUAUUCUCAAGAUCUUUUAUACACCAGAAAUAUUGCUGCCGGUAGUGCCAGUGGUUCAUUAGGCUUUGUAAAUGUGCCAAUCAAUACUACGCUCACUGUAACGCUUUCAUUUGCCGUUCCAGAUAGUUAGUUUCUUUCUAGAAUUUAUUAAAUAUUCUUCGAGAAAGAGAAUACAUUUUUCAGAUCAAAUUACAAACAAUCCAUCAUUACUUCUAUUCGGCUUCAAAGAUAGUAAUGGAAACAUGUUAUCUUCAAAUCUGGCAUCAAAUCAAAAUUAUGUAAGUUUAAGAAAAUCAUGAUUCCUCAGGCAACCAUUUUUCAGACAAAUUCCAAUUUCUAUACUGCAAGUUUUGAUGUUUCUUCCGGUGUCAAUGAAAUAUUCUUAUUGAACAAUGCUCCAUAUGAUGCUCUUCUUCGAAUUUGGAUUAAAAAGUAACCCGUCAUCAAAGAUAAAAUCACAGAGAAUAAAUAAUUUCAGAUCAUACGACCAAACUGUGUCCUAUGCUGAUUUGACUGGCAGCAGCACAGUUUCACCAAACAAUCGAGAUGGUGCAGCUCUUCGUUUGAAAAUUGAUUCAACUGAAAACUGUUUGUCAACCGCAAGUAUAACAAUCACUGAUUGUUCAGGUAGCACAGGCACAAAGUUUGAUACUAUUCAAACAGCUAACCUAGGUAAGUUCUCAUAGAAUCAACAGAUACAAAUAUUCAGAUUUCAGAUCCUUCCAAUAGCACAUUUUCUUUUGUUCCAUAUUUCUGCGAUGUUCCAAAUACUAAAUGUAUAUCUGGCACAGAAAACAAAUUCGAUGUUCGAGUUAGUAAUCAAAGAUCCUCUCCACCCCCAUAAAAGCUGAACAUUUCAGAUCGUAGCUGAUGGCUAUUCAAUCAGCAGAUCUUUCUUCUGCUCAAGUUCGUCAACUUCAAUCAGCACAAACUGUCAAGGAAAAGAUGCAUACGGAAAUUAUCAAUGUUCCGGAGUUUCACCAUUCAAACGAGGACCAACCGGAAAAAUAACCGAUUGUUCUCGCCAUGGAACACUUUUCUAUGAUUUUAGUUCCACAUCAAGCGAUUAUUCUGCUCGUUAUGAAUGUAAUUGCGAUUCUGCAAGUGGAUUCACUGGAGCAUCUUGUGAGAUUGCAAAUUGUAAAAUACCAAACAACGAUGGAUUAUCAAUUGAAAACAUCUAUCGAACAUAUACAGUUGUGAUUGGAACUGAUGGUACUAUUCCAUAUUUCAAAUUUGCCGCAAAAAAUGCGCAAACUUAUUUCGGACUUGGGUCAAAUAUUGCAACUAUUUGGAGAUUCCAACUUUUCGCUCAAUGUUCUGACGGACAAUGUAGGUUUUCUUUAAAUAUAAUCCACCACAAUCUAUCAUAAUCACUCUAUAUUUCAGUACAAAACCUCUACUCUGGCGGAAGUUACAAUGAUUUCUCAACAGUCUUCAAAUCACCAAAUCUAUUGCUCAAAUGCAAUGUGACAUCAACAAACAUUGUUGAUUUAUCAAAUGUUUAUUCGAGUGUUGUUUCUGGACUCGGCAAAAAUGUUCGAGGAGCAAUUGUUUAUUACACCGAAAUCCCCACUUCUAUAAACGUAUCAACUUCAGCAUUAUUGUCGUUGGCACAAACAUAUCAACAACAGGUGAAUACUUUGAUGUUUUCUGGGAAAAACUAGGUGAUUUCAGUUAUUCGUUGUAAGUGUCGAUGAAACAACUCCUAUAACUUCCUUGGAUCCAUCGAUUUCCCAAGCAGCAAUUGCAACUGGUGGUUUUCUCAUUCAAUCCUAUCUUAAUCCGGAUACUGGAAAGCUUGACUUAGGUCCCCAGGUAGUUCUAAAAAAAUGUUAAUCAACAAUUUCUAAUGUUAUUCAGUUCAUGCCUGAUAUUUUGGCUUCUCCAACAUCCAUCGCAUAUGUCGCACAAAACUCAGGUGCAACCACAAGUUUCGACUUCACCCUCGAAAAUUCAGACAGUGUAGCAUAUCUCAUCACAUGGAAUAAAGGAGGAACUGUUAAACAAAGUGAGAUACCAAGAAGUAGAGAAUUACAAAUAUACAAAUUCCAGACAACAAUCAGCUAAAUGACAAAUCUUGCAAAAAUUCUGAUGACACAACGCUAUUGUGCAAGAUAACCGGCCAGGGAAAAAAUCAAAUAACAUUUACCAGUCAAGCCAAACCAUACAGUGCAAUUGUAUAUGUAACAACCGAUGUAUCACCAAAGAUUCAAAUCGUUUCAUCAACAGCUCAAGAUAUUUCCGAUUCUCUUUCGACAGAAGCAUCCGGUUUAACCAUUUUAUCAAUUUAUGUGCCAAGUGAUUAUAGUGUUAUUGCAAAUGCAAAUAAUGGCGGUUCAGCAAGGCAAGAACCAUCGAAAAUUUCAGAUUUAAAAAUAUAUGAUUUUCAGAGUUGCAAAACGAACUGGCUGUACAUUCGGAUACACAUCUUACAGUGUUUUUGCUGAUAGUAAAUAUGCACUUGGCUCCGAUUUCGCUCAAGUUACAUUCCAGAAAACUGGAAGUUCUUUGAGUUUAGCGAGAUAUUUCCCAAUCAUUACUUCGAACGACAUUGGUAAGUGAAAAUAAAAAACAAAUUUAAAAAAAGGGCUUUUGGAUUGGACCUCGAAGAAUCGGAUCACAUUUUUCAAAUGUCUGAACACUUCAAAAAUUUCGAGAGUGCAAUGCAGUUGAAACCUUUUUCUUCAUAUCUGACAAAAUGUUUUCAGUUUGUAAAAACAACGGAAGUCCAAAUAGCGACAUCGGUUCAUGCAAUUGCCCAACCGGAUUCACUGGCCCAGAUUGUUCAUUCGUCAAUUGCAACACUUCUGCCACACCGAAUAGUUGGUCAGAUGUUUGUGUUUGCAACAGUUUGUAUGAUCAAGUGUGUGCAACUCCAAUCACAACAAUGUUUUAUUAA